AUGUCAUCAGCACAUCGGAAAUGUCCCCUAAGUGGUUUAUUUGGCACACCACCAUCAGUCAAUUUUUUCUCGCCUUCUACAGCUGAUACUAAUAUAUUUCUUAUUGCAAAUAAUACUAUUAUUGAUAAUAAUAGUAGUAAUGAUGAUAGUAAUGUUGAUGAUGAUAGUGAUAAUAUUGAUAAUGUUGUUGUUGAUAAUGAUGAUAGUGUAGCAGUAGCAGCAACAGCAGUAACAACAACAAUAGUAGCAGAAGAAAAAGCAACAAUUUGUGAUCAAUUCUCGGAAGAGAUUGUUAGCACACAACAGCAACAACAACAGUCAUCACAAGAUAUUUCAAAAUUAUCACAAACAAUGGAUGGACAGUUAACAUCAUUUCUGGCUAAUACAUUAAAAACAGUCGAUUCAGAUGUCCUCGAUUGUGGUCCAUUUCAAGUAGGAUUUAUGGAAGAUUCCGAUCAUCAUAUGGUUUCACCUCCUUUUGAAAUUUCGCAAUAUCCGAUUGAAGUAAAAGAAAGUAAAGAUGCAAUUCAUCGACAGCUUACAAAUAGAGCUCGAAUGGAAUCAGCGCAACAUGAUGGUGAUUCUUCACUUCUACAAAUUAAUUCACUCGGAUUGUUAAAUGGAAUGGAUGAAAAUCUGGAGCUUCGUGCUCGAUCACCACAACAUGUUGAAAUGUAUACAUUCCGAGAUGCUGUUGAUGUUAAUUAUCAACGAAUGGCCGUAACCGGAGAAGAGCUUUCUGGGGUACCACUGGAAGAUUUAAAAGAAUCGGCCCGGGAAUUAACUGAAGCACUGAUGCUACGUAAGGAAUAUAUGGAGCGUAUUGGAAAUCAAUUUCCGUUAACAACCAAAAAUUUUCUCGCUGGUUACUAUCCGAAAAAUUUGCCAAAAUAUCGACGAAAAAACAUCGAAAUGAAGUCUUCACAUGACGUCUCAAAAGAUGCUAUGUCAGCAGCAUUGGAUAAGGAGAGGCAUCCGGAAGCUGCACAAACAUCAUAUAAUCCACCUCUUCCACCAGAAGACCAUUGGGGUUUAAAUAUACCAUUACCAAAAUAUGAAAAAACUUAUAUAUUGAAACGAAAUCGUGGCAUGGUGGAAAUUCUAGAUAAAGAUGAAGAAGUACCACAUCAGUUUCGACAUGCAUAUAUUUCAAAGGAGAAAUUUUUAAGAGAUUUAGAAAGGCUUUCAGUAAUGAUUGUAAAUGGACCGCUAAAAAGUUUUUGCUAUCGACGAUUGUGCUUCUUGCAAAAUAAGUUCCAAUUACACACAUUGAUGAAUGAACUUCGAGAGCAACAUGAACAGAAAUCUGUGCCACAUCGUGAUUUUUAUAAUAUUAGAAAGGUUGAUACACAUAUACAUGCUGCUAGUUCGAUGAAUCAAAAACAUUUGCUACGUUUUAUUAAAAAAAAGAUGAAAACAGAAAAGGAUACAGUAGUUUUGGAAAGGAAUGGUAUGAAAAUUACUUUGGAGCAAGUUUUCGAGGGUCUUGGCAUUAGUGCUUAUGAUUUAUCAGUUGAUAUGUUAGAUGUGCAUGCAGAUCGAAAUACUUUUCAUCGUUUUGAUAAAUUUAACACCAAAUAUAAUCCUGUUGGUGAAAGUACGUUACGUGAAAUUUUCAUCAAAACUGAUAACUACGUUGGUGGGAAAUAUUUUGCUGAUGUUUUAAAAGAGGUUUUAUCUGAUUUGGAAGAUAGUAAGUAUCAACAUGCUGAACCACGCUUGUCAAUUUAUGGACAUAAUAAAGAGGAAUGGGAUAAGUUGGCUAAAUGGGCAAUUGAAAAUGAUGUUUAUUCAGUGAAUGCACGAUGGUUAAUUCAGAUACCUCGUUUAUAUGAUGUUUAUCGCUCAAAGAAAAUGGUCAGAAAUUUCGAUGAAAUGUUGGAUAAUAUUUUUACACCACUUUUUGAAGUGACUAAUAAUCCAGAGUCUCAUCCACAUCUUUUCCGAUUUUUGCAGCAAAUUUCUGGCAUUGAUUCUGUCGAUGAUGAAAGUAAACUUGAACAUAUAAAAUUUGAUCGCUUAACACCGGAGCCGAAAGAUUACUGCGAUGCUGAAAAUCCAUCAUAUGACUAUUAUUUAUUUUAUAUGUAUGCAAAUUUAGUAGCACUCAAUGCAUUAAGACGAGAACGUGGCUUAAAUACCUUUUCACUACGACCACAUUGUGGUGAAGCUGGACACGUAAGCCAUCUUGUCACGGGUUAUUUGACAUCUGAAAGCAUUGCACAUGGUCUAUUACUUCGUAAAGUACCUGUUUUACAGUAUUUAUUUUAUCUAUCGCAAAUUGGAAUUGCAAUGUCACCACUUAGUAAUAAUUCAUUAUUUAUCAGUUAUCAUCGAAAUCCAUUACCAGAAUUUCAUAUGAAAGGCCUAAAUGUAUCACUAUCAACAGAUGAUCCUUUGCAGUUUCAUUUUACCAAGGAAGCGCUAAUGGAAGAAUAUAGCAUUGCUGCGCAAGUUUGGAAACUCAGCAGUUGUGAUAUGUGUGAAUUAGCUCGAAAUAGUGUAUUACAAAGUGGUUUUGAGGAUAAGGUGAAAGUACACUGGUUAGGACCAAAUUAUAAAGAGGAAGGUGUAUUGGGAAAUGAUAUUUCACGUACUAACGUACCUGAUAUUCGUGUAUCAUUUCGUCAUGAAACAUUGGUAGAUGAAUUGUGCAGUUUAUUUCGGACACGUAAUAUUCAUCGUAUUGAGCAUUAUAAUGAUGAUGUUGGCGGUCUAAGAAUUUAA